AUGGCGGCCUUCUACGCGCGCUCGGUGCCGAGCCGCCUCGAGGCCUCGCCCUCGUCGUCGCAAGAGUCGUCCUUCAGCUACCGGUCGCCGUCCUCCGGCAGCUUCUACGUCGAUGACACGAUGCGUGCGCUGGACAACAUGAGCCUCGUGUACAACGGCGAGCGCCACCCCAACUACCCGCGCGGCUCGCACCAGCGCAGCAGCUUUGCCCAGCCGCCGUCGCCCAUUCGCACCAGCGACGACACGCCGCCGGCGUUCCCGUCGGACCUAGCGCUGCCGACGCGGUGUCCGCCGCCGCCGCUUAUCCCAAAGACGCGUGCACCGUCGUCCAAGACGAAGAAGAAUGUGCGCUUUAGCGCGCAGCUCGUGGUCGAGCACGAGACGCCGACGUACUACGAGUCGCCGGAGAAGGCCAUGUUCUACCCGGGCGGCGCCAGCUACCGCCUCUUCCACCCGGAAGAGCUGCCAUGCCCGAUCCUCGCCGAACUCCCGCGCUCGGACGCAGCAACCAAGCAUUUGCGAAGCUGCAUGCUCUUGUCGGGCGAGCUUGGCGUGAGCAUGAAGUGGGGACUCAUGCCGUCGACGCGCUACACCAUGUGCGAGCUGUACCCGAACGAAAUGCUCAUCCUCAAGGAGAAGACCAAGAUGAAGACCGAGGAGCAGGUCGCGCUCACCGGCGUCUCGGUCGACGUGGUCUCGCCCGUCUCCAUGUCGCUCCGCAUCGCCCACACACAAAAGGAGAUGGUGCGGCUCUCGGUGCGCGAGGGCCAAGAGGCCGUGCUGCAGGAGUGGUACUGGAUGCUGCAUAUCGCGAUGGCCAUGAAGGUCGACGUCGCCGACCCGGCCGCGUCCCUCAAGAAGAAAAAAGAGACCAAAACCCGCAGCAUUUGGGUCGUCCGGGCGCCGGCGAUGGACGAGCCGGGGUACCUCCCGCGCGUGACGCACCACGUCGCGUCGGCCCUCGCCGGCGCCGAGAUCCAGGUGCUCCAUAGCGGCGAGCCCGAGGCCAAGGCGCUCGCUGAGAGCAUCAACGAGUGCGUCAACGGCAAGCCUUUGCGCGAAAGCGUCCUCCUUGGCCGGUCGGUCUUUGACCACGACCACUACUACAGCCGCGCGGCGCGGCGCAAGCUCGCGUACGACAUCUUUGUAUCGCGGGGUCGCAUCAAGCGGCUGCUGCUGGUCGUCGAGGACGAGCUGCUGCCGACGAUGAUUGCCCGCGCCCAGCGCUUCCGCUCCAACGACCAAGGGCUCGGCAUGGGCUACACACCGUCGAUGCUCAAGGUCUGCAACGGCGUCGAGUUUGCCGUCGACAUGAAGACAGGCGACGCGACCAUCGUCUCGUGCUUUGCCUAA